CGAGUUUUACCACACACACACACACACACACACAACACACGAACACGCUAUUGUUCUAUUCAAGUUGCUUUUUUUUCGGGAUUUUGGUUCUAUUUUUUUUCGGAUAACUCAAAUUUGUAAAAUUUAAAAAAAUGAGCAAAGCACAUCCACCUGAACUUAAAAAAUAUAUGGACAAACGAUUAUCAUUGAAACUGAACGGUAAUCGUCAAGUGACCGGCAUUCUUCGUGGUUUCGAUCCAUUUAUGAAUCUAGUUAUUGAUGAAGCAGUAGAGAUUAAUAAACGAAAUCAACAGAUACCAAUCGGUAUGGUUGUCAUACGUGGAAAUGCAGUAGUAUUACUUGAAUCUCUUGAUCGUAUUUGAUUGUGAAAUUCAUUCAUUCAUUCAUUUUUUUUUGUUUCUGUAAAUUCAUUGUAAACAUCGCUUUUCAUGGCAUUAAAAUUUUUCACAUUUU